GUCUACCUUCUGUUUAUUUCCCCGCGACACAAACAGAAUACCCAUGAAUCUAUGCCAGCAGCAGCCAGAAGCAGUAGCCGGAGAUGCCUCAUGCUUUUGGAGAAAUGCAAGAGCAUGAAGCAGCUCAGGCAAGCACAUGCUCAGGCAAUCACUUGUGGCCUCGCUAACAAUUCCUUUGCUUUAAGCAGAAUUAUAGCCUUCUGCUCUGACCCACGUUAUGGGAGCCUUAACCACGCCUGGAAACUCUUUCAACAUGUUCAACAGCCUACUCUUUGCAUUUGCAACACCAUGAUUAGAGCUUUCUUGCUCAAAGAUGAACUCACCAAUGUCUUCAAUUUGUACUCUACUAUGCUCCAGAAUGGGAUGUCCCCUGACAAUUAUACUUUGCCUUGUGUGUUAAAAGCCUGUUCAAAGUUGCAAUCUUGUUUUCAUGGUGAGUUAUUACAUGGGCAUUGUUUAAAAUUAGGUUUUGUGAUUAAUACUGUUGUGGGUAAUUCUUUGAUGUCAAUGUACUGUGGGUUUAGUAAUGUGAAGGCAGCGAGAUACGUAUUUGAUGAAAUGCCUAGUCCAUGUGCUGUGUCGUGGACAUUAAUGAUCUCUGGGUGUGCUAAAGUGGGUGAUAUUGACUCUGCAAGGUUGUUCUUUGAUGGAGCUCCAGAGAAGGAUAGAGGAAUAUGGGGUGCCAUGAUUUCUGGUUACGUGCAAAACAACUGUUUCAAGGAAUGUUUAUAUAUGUUUAGGCUGAUGCAGAUGACUGAUAUGGUUCCAGAUGAGGGUAUCUUUUUAAGCAUACUUUGUGCUUGUGCUCAGUUAGGUGCUUUAGAUACUGGAAUUUGGAUUCACAGAUAUUUGGACAGAAUAGGACAGCCAUUGAGUAUCCGCUUAACCACGAGUCUCAUUGAUAUGUAUGCAAAGUGUGGGAAUUUGGAUUUAGCCAAGAAACUGUUUGAUGAAAUGCCUCAGAGGGACACAGUUUGUUGGAAUGCCAUGAUUUCUGGUUUGGCAAUGCAUGGAGAUGGAGAGGGUGCACUUAAGUUGUUUUGGGAGAUGCAGGAGGCUGGGUUUAAGCCAGAUGAUGUCACAUUAAUGGCUGUGUUCUCUGCUUGUAGUUAUUCAGGCAGGGCACAUGAAGGUUUAAGAAUAUUAGAUAGAAUGUGUAAUGUGCAUAAUAUUGAGCCCAAGAGUGAACAUUAUGGGUGCAUGGUUGAUCUGCUUAGUAGAGCAGGCCUCCUUCAAGAAGCAAAAGAAAUAAUCCAAAGAAUGCCCAAUUCAAGAAGCUCCUCUGAAGAAGCAAUAGCUUGGAGAGCAUUACUAAGUGCUUGCUGCAACCAAGGACAAGCCCAACUGGCUGAGGUUGCAGCUGAGAGACUUCUGCAAUUAGAACUUCACAGUGGAGCAUAUGUUCUGCUUUCAAAUUUGUAUGCAACCGCCGGGAAACAUAAUGAUGCGAAAAGGAUAAAGAAGAUGAUGAGAAACAAAGGGGUAAACAAGGCACCUGGCUGCAGUUCAAUCAAAAUUGAUGGCAUUGUUCAUGAGUUUGUUGCAGGAGAGAAAACACAUAAACAAAUGGAAGAAAUAGAAUCUGUUUUGGAGAAGAUGAAAAAGCAGUUGAACUAUUUGGGUUGCAACCCCUACCCAUUUCUGGUUGACCAAACAUGAAGCAUUCACUCUUCAAUAUUAAAGUGAUUCUCUGGUAAAUAUUCUUGUUCCAUAAUAUUCUUUUACAAGAUACAAGUGAUUUAUAUAGUUAAGCUUUUUAGCUUAAUUUAGUAGACUUAGACAUGCUGAAGGGUAAACUCCAACGAUGGUGUUGGUGAAGAAUUUAUGGAGAACACUUGCUCUUAACAUUGUGAAACAUUUUAUAUGAAUUACAUGCACUAUUUGCAUCAUUUGGUUAC